GCCGCAGUGUGGUGAGCUCAGUCCUGUGGCGCUGUGCAGAUGUCAACCUGGGUUUUUAUCAGCUAAUCAGAGGAAACAUAGUUCGUUGUGUUUUUAACAUAUAUAUAUAUAAAUAACGGCACAGAAUGGCCACUGAUUCAGGCUACGGUGGCUCGCAAAGCUAUGGGUCAUAUAGUGGUCAGCAGAGUGGACAGGGUUAUGGUCAAGGAAAUGGCAGUGGCUCUUAUGGGGGACAGAGUUACAGUGGCUAUGGACAGCAAGGUGUGACACAAGGCGGUUAUGGUCAGUCUCAGCAACAGAGCUAUGAUAGCUAUGGCGGACAGGACUCAUCUGGGUUUGGGGAGAAGUCUUAUGGCCAGCAAGCUUCCUAUGGUGGCCAGGCACAAGGAGGAGACAACUAUGGACAGCAAAGUUCCUAUGGUGGCCAGGGACAAGGUGGAGGUGGUGGCGGUGGAUAUGGAAGAUGGAGUGACGGUGAAGGUGGUGGUCAAGGUGGGAGGUUUGGACGUGACCAAGGAGACCGCUCAGAAGGAGGGGGCUACAGAGGCAGAGGCCGUGGCGGUUAUGACCGUGGCGGUUAUGACCGUGGCGGUUAUGACCGCAGUGGUGGAUAUGACCGUGGUGGCUACGACCGUGGCGGAAGAGGUGGACCUCCUGGUAUGGGAGGUGGUGACCGUGGUGGCUACAAAAAUUACGGUGGCUCUCGAGACUACGGCUCAAGGGAUGAACCAGCCGGUGAGCAGGACAACUCUGACAACAACACAAUCUUUGUCCAGGGACUGGGAGAAGAUGCCACAGUUAAGGAAGUCGGUGACUACUUCAAGCAAAUUGGUAUCAUAAAGGUAAACAAGAAGACUGGCCAGCCAAUGAUCAACAUCUACUCUGACAAGGCCACCGGUCUGCCAAAGGGGGAAGCUACAGUGUCCUUUGAUGACCCGCCCUCUGCCAAAGCUGCUAUUGAUUGGUUUGAUGGCAAGGAGUUCAAUGGAAAGCCCAUCAAAGUAUCAUUUGCCACUCGCAGAGCUGAGUUCACACAGAGAGGUGGAAGAGGAGGGCGAGGAGGUUUCAGAGGUCGUGGUGGUGGUGGAGGACCUAACUUUGAUGUUAAGGGAGGAGACUGGCCCUGCCCCAAUAGCUCUUGUGGCAACAUGAAUUUUGCACGGCGGCAAGAGUGUAACAAGUGUGGUGCACCCAAACCAGGAGAUGCCGGAUUUGGAGGUGGAGAUCGUGGAAGCAGAGGCGGUUAUGGGGGCGACAGAGGUGGUGGCUUCAGAGGCCGUGGAGGAUUCCGUGGGGGAGACCGUGGAGGCUAUGGAGGAGGUGGAGGAGGAUUUGGUGGGGGCUACAAAAUGGGAGGAAGAGGUGAUCGUAGAGAUGACAGAAGAGACCGGCCAUACUAAAUGUUGAGCAGAUGGAAACCAUUCCACCCCUGGAGUUCGCCGUGAAUGGAGGGUUUAGUUUUGGGGGUAAGGGAGCGGGGAAGGGGAUGGAUCAGACAUUCUGAUUUGUGUACUUUUUCUUUCUGUAGCCAGUGCAUCCCAACUAUUACUGCUCAUGUGCGAGUGAGGGAAGGCUGUGUUGAGCUACUGUGAUGGGACUUUUGGGCUGGUUAGCAUGUGGUCAAAUGUUUGUUUUGAUUUAUUUUUUGUUUUGUUUUUAUUUCUUUGUACAUCCUUUUUAAUUUUCUCAGAUUCUAGUAGGUGUUUUUGUGAGUUAGGCUUCCUACCAUUGUUUUGUAUGAACGGAAUAAAAUGUUUUACUUGGGUUGUUUAUUUGUUUUUGUUUUUUGGGGGCGGGUUCUGUUUCCAAAAUGAUAUUAAAAACUGAUCUUUUCUCUGUG